AGCAGCUGUUUAUCCAAAAAGAUUUUUUUUUUUAAUUCACAUCUGACACCGAGCCAUGACCGAGGCAGAAAAGUGGAGCGGAGCCGCAGAUGAGGCUGCUGAGGGGGGGCCGGAGGGGCCGGAGGGGCUCGCGCAUGCACGACUUCAGGGUAAAUAUAAAGAGACAAGAGAUUGUUCUUAUUGUGGCGCAUCAGCCGACUGGCGCCGAGCGGCUCUUUAACAAACUGAGUCCAAGUUAAUCAAGAGCUGCGGCGCUGGAUUUCCUCUAAAGGAGCUCAGCAGAGCGGAGUGCAGGGAGGCGGGUGGGGGGGCCCCGUGGCUCCCGGAGUCUCGCACUGUCCUUGGUUUGAAAAAAUACAACCUGUCGGAGAUUACACGCUGCCACGGCCUGCCCUCAGCUCUGAGACUGAGCACUAAAUCAUCUCAUUGCUGGCGAUUGUUUCGACACAAAAAUAAAAUCCCCACGACGUCCAACAACAGUGUAACAUUAGUGAUAAUAACGGACACUGACAAUAACAUUUAACCUUAUUUAAAAAAUAAAAAUCCAACAAUGCCAGAGUCUCCAAAUAAUGUAACUUUAUUUGCGUCUAAACAAGGAAGAGUUUGUAUCGAAGUGAGCACUCACCGCUUUUCCUUCUCUCUGAUAUUUCUCUUAAAAUUCACUCAUCAUCAUUCAUCUGGUUUCCUCUUUUCCUCCGCGCAGCAUCUGGGUUUGUCUUUUCCAGCCUCGUCUCUUUUAUUGCGCCGCCGCCGCUGCGACCGUCGCUGCCUUCCCGUCAGCUCGAUCAGGACAAACGCACAGAUAAAUGUCUCUCGCCCGGGGAAGCCGGGCUGUAUGAGGCUGAAGUCAGUGUACACACAGCUAACACGGAUAGCCUGGGCUAGUGUGAGGCAAAUCCAGCCUAUAAACGUCAAAACAGCCGAUAACACGGAAUAAGUACAAGGCUGUUAUUAUAGAGAGCGAUCGAGAGAGCAGCGGCUCUUUGGAAUAAAUCUCUCCGGAAUGCAGAACAUGAGCUGCGAGUCGUGGAUUGAGCCUACUGUAGUGAGUUGUUCUAAAAGACAUGGUAAACGUGGAGGACUGGAGCUGUUCCUCUGUAUUGAGGUGAGUAUUUAAACAGUGACUCUGUGGAUGGGCUGGUUUCUCCGGAGGCGACGUUGUAAAAACGCAAGCCGAGAGAGAUGAUGCCUCCACCGGCCAAGAACUGAGGGCUGACCCGGUGUUUGGCUUGGAAAUGGGGGUGGGAUUUCCCGAUCUUUCCUGUCAUUGGUUAAUAUUUUAUUCUGUUGACAUGUUUUCUUACUGCUAAUGCUUCCGACACCUUCUUGCCCCCCUCCCUCCUCUCAUAGAAUCUGACCGGAGCUGUCAGAACCACGCCUAUAGGGGCCCACAAUUGGUCCAGAAAGCGUAAAAUCAGCAAUCAAAGGGGCUUGGUUCAUUAGUGUUGGGGAUGGAGGCAGGAAGGACAUGUGAGAUAGUCACAGAUCUGCAGUGAACGGGGCCACAUCUCUCCAGUCAGUGUGGGAUGACUGAAGCAGAGGAACAGCUUAUUUCUCUGAGAGGCACACAGCGCAGCCGGGCUCUGUCUUCACACACCGCUCCUACUGAGGGACUCGGCGGAGGAGCCGAAGGAACAAGCACAUCAACAGCAACUCUGGGCUAUUUUUUUCUUCAGCCUGAUAACGCGCUGUGUGUUUGACAAAGCCCCGUGCUCGUCAGCGCCGCUCAACAGAAAUUAACUGCUCGCGAAGCGCGGACCUACUCUGGCUCUGGGUUGGGGGGAAUUACCACUAAAAUAUCCAUUAUUUCACUUCGGUUUUUGUGGAUGCACCGAUGAGAGAUCCAGUUUUCACAGGGACUGCAAUGGCUUAUCACCCUUUCCACGCACACCGGCCGACCGACUUCCCCAUGUCCGCCUUUCUAGCGGCCGCCCAGCCUUCCUUCUUCCCGGCGCUCAGCCUGCCUCCCGGGGCGCUCACCAAGCCCAUUUCGGACCACGGCCUGGCCGGGGCGGCGGAGGUUGUGCUCCACCCGGCCCUAAGCCACCAUCAGGCGGUUCAUCUCCGCAGCAUGAAGAGCCUGGAGCCCGAGGAGGAAGUGGACGACGACCCCAAAGUAACACUGGAAGCCAAGGAUCUUUGGGACCAAUUUCAUAAAGUCGGGACGGAGAUGGUUAUUACCAAGUCCGGAAGGAGGAUGUUCCCUCCGUUCAAAGUGCGAAUAAACGGACUCGAUAAAAAGGCCAAAUACAUCCUGCUGAUGGACAUCGUGGCGGCGGACGACUGCCGCUACAAGUUCCACAACUCCCGCUGGAUGGUGGCGGGCAAGGCCGACCCAGAGAUGCCCAAGCGGAUGUAUAUCCACCCGGACAGCCCGGCCACCGGCGAGCAGUGGAUGGCGAAGCCUGUUGCUUUCCAUAAACUCAAGUUGACCAACAACAUUUCAGACAAACACGGAUUUGUCCAGACCAUCCUGAACUCUAUGCACAAGUACCAGCCCCGGUUCCACAUAGUGCGGGCCAACGACAUCCUGAAGCUUCCCUACAGCACCUUCAGGACCUACGUCUUCCCGGAGACUGAAUUCGUGGCGGUGACGGCCUACCAGAACGACAAGAUAACGCAGCUGAAGAUUGACAACAACCCUUUUGCCAAAGGAUUCAGAGACACGGGGAACGGGAGGAGAGAGAAAAGGAAACAGCUAACCAUGCCAUCGCUGCGGAUGUUUGAGGACCAGUGCAAGGCGGACCGGGAUGGCGCGGACUCGGACGACUCAUCCAGUGAGCCUCCGACCAGCAGGGACGCCGUCCACUCCCCGCUGGGAGCCGAUACCAGCCCGCUGAGGUUCAGCAGGUCCAGUCGAGAUGAGAAAACGUGCACUGACAGCGAGCAGGAGCUGGAGCAUCAUGACGAGCGCUGCACUGGCUCCAACAGCCCGGGACCUGAACCUGUGUCCCCCUACAGCUCCAGGUGUGAGGAGCGCAUGAGGGACAGGCCUAUAACAGAAAAGAAGGAUGACUCCUUAUUCAGUAUAAGGAACCUUGAGAAGGACAAAGCGGAGAGCAGGCACAGGAAGGACACCAAGGACAUGUUGACAAAGGACUUGGAGGCCGGAGGCAUUAGUGCCACUAAGGAGACCUUCUCCCCUCUCAUGGUUCAGACCGAGAGCCCCUCGCACUUCAGCCCAGCCCACUUACAAAGUCUGGCUCUGUCUGGCCUGCACAGUCAGCAGUUCUUUAACCCUCUGGGCGCCGGAUCACCACUGUUGUUUCACCCCGGGCAGUUUGCCAUGGCCCCUGGAGCCUUUUCUGCUAUGGGCAUGGGGCAUCUAUUGGCCUCUGUAUCUGCAAGUGGUUUGGAAAAUGGCCUCUCCACUCAGGGCACGGGAGGAAGCCCCAACCCCUUCCCCUUCCAUCUGUCUCAGCACAUGCUCGCCUCUCAGGGCAUCCCCAUGCCUCCGUUUGGCGGUCUGUUCCCAUAUCCCUACACCUACAUGGCGGCGGCUGCUGCUGCGGCCUCGGCCUCAGCCCUCCCAGCCACCAGCACCUCUAACCCCCUCUCCAGGAACCCCUUCCUGAACGCGUCACGUCCCCGGCUCCGCUUCAAUCCCUACCAGCUCCCAGUGUCGCUGCCUCAGAGCCUGCUCACUGGCCUGCAGGGCAGCCUGAAUCCAGGCUCCGAAUCCUCCAAACCGGGCAGCAGGGACACCAGUCCAGCACCGGAGCACCACAGCAACCAUAAGACAGGAGGGUCAAGUGGGAGGGUUGCAUCUCCCAAAACCUCUAUGAAGGACUCAGUGAAUGAGCUGCAAAGCAUUCAGAGGCUGGUCAGCGGCCUGGAGAGCCAGCGGGAGCCCUCCCCGAGUGCAGACUCUCCCAAGUGAUGAAAACUCUCCGUUUGGGAUGAAGACUUGGCUUGAAUACCAGAGGACUAUAAGUGCAUUUGUCCUGUACAGCACAUUAGAGAGACUGGGAUGAGGUUUGACUGAUAUAGGUCCAGUGAAGGCCGAUAACUGGUAUUUUUUGGAACAAAGCAGCAUAUUGACAAAAAUGUUGCCCAUAUAAUUCAAUUUAAUCUUUUUAAAUCCACAAGUAUUAAGGGUCUCCUCUGGAGCUUACCUAUUAGAGAGGGUGAAAAGCCUGUAAGACAACAUUUUGACUAUCAUCAGAUACACACCUUCCCCUGAAUCCCAUGUUUUGGGGUUAGCGGCUCUUGAAGGCAGGCUCACCCAUGUAGAAACUCUGGGGUACAUUCCUGCAUUAAAAUACUAUUAUACAAAACAAUGAAAUAUAUAAACAACACAUUUUAGACAAUGAAAUACUAAAAUAAUGAUAAAACAAAAAUGAGGGUCAGGAUCGGCCCCAUCAAUCGGUCUAACCUGCUUGAGAGCCUGCCCCUCCGUAGACUGGGCGGGGCACAGCGGAGUGUUGAGUUUGGUGAACUUGAAGCAUUUGAGCGUCCCGGCCUGGUUUCGACAGGCAGGUCUCAAGCUGCAUCCAAAAACUUUUUUCCAGGCCUGAUUAUUUCAAAAGGCACGGAAGGUGAACGCUCUGCGAGAGGAAGAAAUAACCGCUUAUCAUUUCAUGCCAGAAAAAAAAAUCGGAACUAUUUAUGUAAUUAAAGAUAAAACAAAUUCUGUAAAUAAAGCUAAGAUCCAAGAAUAUGCAAUUGGUAUUAAUUUAUUCAAGGCUGUAUAUUAGCGUGUAUAUAUUUCGAAUUUAACUUGUUACUUUUUUUUCUCCUCCUCCUCUCCCCCAUUUUACAUGAACGUAUACUGUACAUGAAAGCUAUUUAGCGCUUGUUGGUUUGAAAAACUGUUUAUGAAGCAUCGCUGAUUUUUAGGUGACGUGUGUGCCAUGUUUUAGUCUGCAUCCACCGACAAAGACAGAGGAAAGAGCUCCACAUGGAUUCAAAAACACCUCAGGUUAUUUCACUCCAGCCAGGAGACAUUCAAAGCAAUUCCUCCUACGGGCGCAUCAUUCAUAUCUAUUCAAAAAUAUAUUUAAAGAAGAAAGUAUCUUGUUUAUGCUGGUUGUCCGGGUUUUUUUUUUUUUUUUUUUUUGAUUGUCUCACAAUUUCAAUAAAAAAAUCGUUGUGCUGAAAGCUUGGAGGCGUAUCCUUAUUAUUAUUGUUGUUAUUAUUGUUUAUUGUUAAUUAUAUUAAUAUAAGAACUUUUUAUUAUUGGUAUCCUCUUAUUAGAGCCGAACAGCUGUACACAUUUUAAAAAGCGUUUUUUUAAAUAAGUCGUUGGACACACACACACACAGUGCACACACAUAAGCACACGUGGGACAGGAGCGCCCCCUGUCGAUCAUAUGUUUUACAUGAAAAAGUGCAUGUGUGUAUUUUAAUUUCAUAAGAACAUGUUAUUGAGUUUAAUCCGUGUCAUUAAAAUACAUUUGAAAUCAGAUGAUGAAAUUAAUUGAUUACUUUUUGGGUGAUAUUUGUUGCUAUCCAUUUUCCAUAAAAUCUACAGCUGUGAA